GGGCCCAUGGUCAACCCCUCCUUCGAGCCAGACGACUUCCUUCCACAAAGAACAGACGGAAACGUUUUAGUGCGGAAACCAGCCCAGAAAGAAGAAAGAAGAAUUGUCUCCAUCGUCCGCUGAGUACCUAACUCGGAGCUUUUUUAUGAGGUCCAUAGUUACCGACCAUGUCUCGGGUCCAUAUAACAUCAAUGUUCACACACACUGUUCGAAGACUUUGACAGUCGUCAUGCACUGAGGAAUUUAGAAUAGAUGUUUCGCACUUCUCGCAGCUUCCUGAACGUUGCCCGAUCGUGGUCGAUAUGGCGGCCUGUCACCCGUAAAAGAUGAAAAGAAGAAACCCGGCGACAAGAGCAUCUUCCUGGUCAACUUGAACGAGAACAACCUUGACCAAAUCGAGAACUAUGAGCCCUAUGACCACCGCGUCAUAGGGCACCCUACAACAAACACAGAAACCUUCCUGCACUUGUUGAAAGGGAGCCUAGGAACUGGCAUCCUGGCGAUGCCCCACGCUUUCGCCAAGUCAGGCUACGUGGUCGGCACAGUGGGCACUUUGGUGAUAGGUUUUUUGUGCUCAUACUGCAUCCAUGUGCUGCUGGACUCGUGCUACGAGCUGUGCAAGCGGCGGAAGGUGCCUUCCCUGACCUACACCGGUGCAGCAGUGGCCGCGCUCUCCGAGGGACCUGCUUGGUGCAAGGCAUGCGCACCUUAUGCUGCACACGUCGUAAACGCAUUUCUACUCAUCUACCAGAUCGGCGCGUGCUGCGUGUACGUGGUGUUCGUAUCUGAGAACAUACAGUACGUUCUGACCAAGCACUUUGAAUUAGAGGUCACAGUCAUACAGGUUAUGACCUACAUCCUGAUCCCUCUGGUCAUGAUAAACUGGGUGCGAGACUUGAAGUAUUUGGCGCCUUUAUCGGCGAUCGCGAAUGCGGUGACGUUUGUCAGCUUCGGGAUCAUCAUGUACUACAUCUUCCGGGAAGCCCCUUCGUUGGAAGGAAAGCACCCAGCUGGGAAGAUCAGAGACUUUCCUCUAUUUUUCGGAACGGUGUUAUUCGCUUUGGAAGCUAUUGGUGUGAUUCUGCCCCUGGAAAAUGAGAUGAAGAACCCCAAAUCGUUCGUAGGAACGUUCGGAGUUCUGAACCGUGGAAUGGUAUCCAUCAUCAUCUUGUACGUGGGCAUGGGUCUCUUCGGAUAUCUUCAAUAUGGGGAGGCGGCAGCUGGCAGUAUCACGCUGAACUUGCCUUCACAGACUGAAAUUUUGGCGAGCGUGGUUCAAUGUCUGUUAGCGUUCGCGAUCUUCAUAACCCACGCUCUGGUCUGCUACGUCGCCAUCGACAUCCUGUGGAAGGAGUACGUGGGUGUUCGCCUGCUCAACAGCAACCACAGGUUCCUGUGGGAGUAUAUGCUAAGGACCGUCAUCGUACUCGUCACGUUUGGACUGGCAGCAGCAGUACCCGAGCUUGACCUCUUUAUCUCACUGUUCGGCGCCCUCUGCUUAUCUGCCUUAGGCCUGGUUUUCCCUGCCUUCAUCCGAAUCUGCACCUACUGGUACUACGUCUCAGACUCGGAAAGAAUCCGUAUGAUCAUCAAGAACGCUAUAGUCGUAGUUUUUGGAGUCCUUGGCUUAGUUGUAGGAACCUGGACGUCUCUUGAAGGCAUUAUCGUCAAAUUUUCAGCACACUCCGUAGUAUUAAAUUCUACUGACGCAGGCCAGAGCCUCGCCAACACUACGUCCAGUAUAAUGCUUUGAAAAUAGUUUAAAUAAUUUUAAAGAAUAGGGUCAUCUACUGCCUCCGAGAACAUACAAAGUUGAUGGGCCUUAAAAAUAUUGGAAAAGUGAAAUGGUGAAAUGCUCAUAAUCUUCAAGUUAUCGAAAGAUAGAGUGGAGCAGGAGUAAUGAGUGCGUCUUAGUUUUAAACUGAUCGCAAAACUAGUAGUCCAAUCUGAUGUAGCAAGACCAUAGACUAAGGAUUAAAUAAAUAAGCACAGCUGAUAUCUAUUUUUGUACAGCGCGCAAUCAUUCGCCUCAUAUUCAGAUUAGACUAGUAUUUUGCACGCACUAAACAGAUGGAUUAUUUCAAGCAUUUCGAGAACCCACAACACAAGGAGACCUGUAAGGACGGCCCUGAUCUUGUUAUUGUGUCAGUGCCAUUUUCUAAAAAUAUUCCGUGGCAUAACUAAGUAAGUACAAUAGAUCAGACGAUUUUGUCGAGAUGAUCUACACUUAUAGGUAUAUAGACUUCAUAGAUAUUUUAGUAGUUUUUAAUUUUAGUCUAAGACUUCUCCGUUCAUGGUUGAAAGAUAAUAUUAAUAAUUUGUGUAAAUUACCUAUUAAGUGAUGAAAUAAAUAAAAUAGUAGAUUGUUCAACAUGGGGGCAAUGUAAUGUCUUAUAUUAUAUCACGGGCGCCGCGCCGGAUAAAUGCCAAGCGUACCGAGGAUUUUACUUUUAAAUUAUAAGGCAUUACCCCCAAGUUCAAUACUCUACUUUCACACCUCGCGAGACAGUAAAAUCAAAAUCUUCGUAUGUUUAAAUAGGUACCUACCUAUCUGUCUUUAGAAGUUUCUGCGAGCAAAUCGUUUAUUACUCUUUGAACAUUAUUAGUUUCCGGAGGUAAAUUACUGCUGCCAUCAUCGUCACCACUCGAUAUUUUAAUUUCAAGUUGAAUAAGUAAUUAAUUUCAAUAUAACAGAUAAUUUUUGCAAUCUUUGAAAACGGUUUAUAGUUGAUAAGUUAUACUUAGUAUUAAGCCACGACCACAUAUGCGCGUCAUGAACGCGGGAUGCGGGAUCCACGGUGGAAUCUUAUGUGACUGUUGUAGUCACGUAGAAUGUAAAUGGCGCCAUUACAGUAGACCGCCGCGCGGCUGACGUUCCCGCUUCGUAGUCGCCUUGGUCGCGCAGGUUUGGAUGAACUAUUAAACUGACAGUGACAAUGUCAUAUUAGGGCAUUCGUGAGGGAGAAAACCAGCGCCAAGUUGAAAUACGCCAUGAAAUACGAAAAAAUUAGAAUAGUUUUACUUUAAACUAGGCUUUGCACGGGGAGCCUGUCUACUCCAUAGACAAAAUAUGGGUAUGAAUUUUAUAUCUAUGGUAUGAAUGAAUGGUCCUAUUAGAAUCUAUUUACUUAGGUAUAAAUAACUGCCCCCCACUGUUUUUAUACAAAUUGAGCAGUGGUGAAUUUGAUAAAUUUAUUUGUUCGUUCAAUAAUAUUUAACGCACAGAAGUCCGUUAAAUAUUAGUCCGUCCGACUAAGGAUCCGUUUUUACUACGUCGUGAAUAUUUUAAUUCAUUAUAAAUAUCGACACGGCGUGAGUUAGCAACGGAGCGUAGGCAGGGCGCUUUAAAAUAUGACUUUCCCACCACAAGGCGAAAGAUAUCCCUACUUGCGAAUUAAAACUUAAAACUUAUGGUGUUUCUUCCCAAACGAAUGAACGCUUAAUGUUAUGGCAUUUUAAUAGGUUAAGUAAAUAAGUACACUCAGAAGUUGUUUGUUAAUGUU